AUGAUACAACCCGUAGUCUCGACUGAUGUCUCUAACAGCCAAAAUAUUCAAAUUUUUAAUACUAAAUCACAGGUAACAGCACAACAAACACAGCUGAUAUCCGAUAACCCUAUCUUCGAUCACCAAACAGAUUACGCACACGAGCUAGCCACUGAGCAUGCAAAUGAAGCCCAAAAAAGUACACAAUAUCCCAGAGAUUGGUCAAAUGGGGAUGCACGGCUCUCAAUAUCAUGCAACGAAAAAGAAGAAAAUUCGAACCAGACUUCAAGACAAGUAGGUAUUCGAGAUGCCCAGAAUUCCGGAGAAGAUCCAGCAGCUACUGGCGAGGAAGACGAUGAGACUGAAGAAGACUUACUGGACAAAAUAUCGAGUUCACCAUCAAUUGAAGAUGAAGAUAUAGAUUUUGACUUCGUUUACGCUCUCCACAAUUUCAUUGCUACCAUUGAGGGACAAGCAAAUGUUACAAAGGGCGACUCUAUGGUUUUACUUGACGACAGUAAUAGCUACUGGUGGCUUGUUCGUGUUGUAAAAGAUAGUAGUAUUGGAUACCUGCCCGCAGAACACAUAGAGACACCUACUGAACGAUUGGCACGCCUCAACAAGCACCGAAAUGGGGAUUUGACAUCUACCAUGUUGACAGACCAGGCAGAAAAGCCAAAAAAACCACUCAAGAUGGCUUUCCGGAAGAGAAGUGCUAGAACUGUUACGUUCGCGGACCCAACUUACGUUGAAGCUUCGGAAAUAGAGUACUCUACUGAGGAUGAAGGAGACCCAGAGUUCUACAGCCAUUUGAUGAACCAAGGUGUAUCUACAGAAUAUCGCAGCAAUACUGAUGAUGAUGAUAUUGACGGAAGUUCCGAUCAAGAAUUGCACGGGAACCAGUGGGUGCCCAACGAGAACGACCUUGUUUCUACAGAGACAGACGUAAACUUUGCAACAGAAGAUUCGGAUAAUUUGAAAGCAAAUGGCGAACUUCUUUACGGCCGAAAUGAGAGUAAAAUUCGAAAUGGUGUCCUAAGAAAUACAGACUCCUUCUUUCAGGAUGAUUCUGUUGAGACGCGAAAGAUUACACUAACCCCGAACCUACUCCGAGACAACUCUAGUCCCCCCGCCACCGUCGUACCAAACGAGCCAAAAGAAACGAGGCGACCGAGCCUUGAAAAACCAGAAAAAAAUUCUCCCGAUAGAACAAGAGAUAAGAAAGAGCGAAAAGAUAAAAGAGAAAAAGAUAAAAAGACAGGCAAGCUCAGUGGUCUAUUUAAGCGCAAAGAUAAAAAAAAUAAGUCAAUUGAUGAAGAAAUCGAAGAGCUGUCAAGUAAUAAACAUACUGAUUCCUCGCGGAAUUCUCCUGCUCCUAGUAAAGAUUCAGAUGAGAUGGCAAGCAUAGAGGAACAGGCAAAUGUAAUACUGCCAGACACGCAAAAAUUGCCUAACAAACUGCAAAAACAACCAAUGAGUAAAAGAUCACUAAGUCAGGGUAUAGAGACAAAGAGUCCCGAGUCGGCUUCAAACUCCCCAUCAGAGACAGUUCAGCCCCUUUCUACGAGUCUCUCACUUCGACUUGUGCAAUCCGACUCCUCUACCAAUGUCUUAAAUACUCAGGCACAACUUGUUUCGCCGGAAAGGUCUAUUACUCCCACCCUCAAAGACCGUAAGCUCGACAACUCUGCCAGGCCUUUAGGGCAAACCCAGAGUCUCGAGAGCUCUACAAAAGAGUUUACUAGUGGUGCUGAGCCACGGAAAAAAUCUCCUGAAAUAGAUUCUACUACAAAUUCACCCGUAGAUACCCUUAAGUCGAAUUGCCAUCAAACUUCUCGUCCGCAAGCUUCCUCGAAUGCUAAAGAAGUGCACAGGAACGGUAGCCUUUCUCAAGUGAAAACACCUGAUACUACAAGGACCAAGUUAUCGCAUCAGAUUCUGGCGAAAGAUAACUCAAGCCAAAGCGAACCUUCCUCGCCGCUAUCAUCAUCAUCUGAAUCAAUAUACAGGGAUGAGUCUCCCCAGAAGAAGGAUAGUAGACGUCAAAUCACAACUUUGACUUCAAAGGCUUGGAGUGAUGCCCAUCUAAAGACCUUUUUUGAUGAUAAUACCGACAUAAAGGACCUACUGAUUGUUGUCUACGAUAAAUCUGGGGUUGUGCCAGCAGGUCCCGAGCACCCUAUUGUAGGAAACUUGUUCAAGGAAGAAAACUCCAAGCUGCUGGAAAUUACUAACCGGCUUGACGGUAUGCUUGGAGACUGGCUCGCCAGAAAGUCGCGAAUCCGUCACGAGAGGAAGCAAAUUCUGUAA